ACAUCCCCUUCGACGACAGUUGAGACUGAUGGCUUGCAUGCUCUCCGGGAAAGUCUCCAGCAGAGAAAUGUUUCAGGCAAGGCUACAGCAAUCACCCUCAAGUCCUGGUCUGACGGAACACAAAAACAGUACAAACCAUACAUCAAACAGUGGAUGGACUUUUAUAGUAAAUGGAAGACUGAUCCCUAUGAUCCACCUGUAACCGUUGUUUUAGAAUUCCUCGUUAGCCUCCAUGAAAAGGGAUUGACUUACACCACCAUCAAUACUGCCAGGAGUGCCAUAUCAGCAGUUACUAUACCCAAGAGUAACAUGACUCUGGGCAGUCACCCACUUGUUUCCAGGUUUGUGAAAGGUGUUUACAAGGAUUCUCCGCCAACUCCACGCUACCGGUCAACCUGGGAUGUAAAGCCUGUCCUAACUUAUCUUUCCUCCCUUCACCCUCCAGAGAAGCUUGAUUUAAAAUCACUCACUCUAAAGCUGGUUAUGCUGAUAGCCCUGGUCUCUGCACAAAGGGGACAAUGUUUACAUAUGCUUGACAUUGGUUGCAUGAAAAAAGUGACUAAUGGAUUUGAAUUCUUGUUCAUGGAACAUGUCAAACAAAGCAGGCCUGGUUACCGAGCUCCAUCUGUUCUCCUGCAAGCUUAUCCUGCUGAUUUGUCACUCUGUGUGUCUACUUGCUUCGCAGAAUAUCUUAAGCGAACCCAGCCACUAAGGGGAGCGGAAAGUAAACUUUUUAUUAGCUUCAUCAAACCUUACAAACCUGUUUCCAGGCAAACUAUUUCUAGAUGGAUUCGUUUGAUAAUGGAGUCGUCUGGUGUUGACACCAGUGCAUUCAAACCACACAGUACAAGAGCUGCAGCUACGUCGAAAGCCAAAGCUUCAAAUGUCCCCAUUGAUGAAAUCCUGCGUACAGCUGGAUGGUCGUCCUCAAGGUGUUUUGACCGUUUCUACAAUAAGCCAGUCGGUACCUCCACUUUUGCUUCUGCAGUGCUUCAGACUGAUUAG